GCCAGUUGCCAAUUGCCACUAUAACAUCUUCUAAAAUGUUUGUUAUUGUUUUUAGAUUUUAGCGAAAUGAUGAAUGGUUUACAGACGGAAAUGGGCAAAAUGUGAAAUAAAUACAUGGGGAUUACCUAGUAUGGAAUAAUGAAAGUCAUUGAAGAGUAACAAGAGAUUUAUAUACCUAUAUUUUUUCUGUAAAAACAAGAACUUUCCUAAGCAAAAAUGGGAAAUCAGCUUGUGGGCAUUGCCCCAUCCCAGAUUUUUCCUGUUGAUAGAUACCUUAUGGAUCUUCCCCAUGUGAAGUUCGAUGCAAGUUUGGGGGCCACAAGGUUUCUUAAAGUGGCAAGAGCUGAAUCACAAGAAGGUUGGAUAGUAGUCAAGGUAUUUGCAAUACAUGAUCCUACUCUACCUCUCUCAAAAUAUAAAGAUCAUCUAGAGGAAAUUAGGAAAAAAUUAAGUUCUACUACCAACUGUCUUCCUUAUCAGAGAAUAAUAGUAACAGAACAAGCUGGGAUUAUAAUGAGAGAGUAUGUAAAAUACACUCUCUAUGAUAGAUUGAGUACCAGACCGUUUUUAACUAACAUUGAAAAACGGUGGAUUACGUUUCAAAUUUUGUUGGCUUUGACACAAUGCCAUAAAGUUGGGGUGUGUCAUGGUGAUAUAAAGUUAGAAAACAUCACAGUCACAUCUUGGAACUGGGUGUUACUUGUUGAUUUUGCCUCUUUCAAACCUGUCUUCCUCCCUGUGGACAAUCCUGCAGACUAUUCAUAUUUCUUUGAUACGUCAAGAAGAAGGGUGUGCUACAUUGCCCCCGAGAGGUUCUUAUAUCCCAACACAACAAUUAUAGAUAGUAACAGUUCGAUUGCUGAAUCUGUUUGUGAUACUGAAGUUCUUACACCUGCUAUGGACAUAUUUUCAGCUGGGUAUUUGGAUCAAAUUGAAAAGAACUGGUAUGAAAACAAUAUUGAUAACCAGAGAGAUGAAUAUACUUUCAAUUAUGAGUUGGAACUACAUGCUCUUCAUUCUAUGGUAUCCAAUACUGUCGCCGCUCUUCUCACUGAUACUGAGUCUACAGUAAAAAGAACAUUAAUGGAGUACAGUAUCAUAAAACUUUGUGUUUUUUUCGGAAAUACUAAAGCAUGUGAUUUAAUCCUUUCCCAUAUGAUCACAUUUUUGAAUGACAAGGAGGAUAAGGAAGUACGUGAGGAUUUCUUUGAUACUAUUGUUGGGUUGGUAUCAUAUAUUGGCUGGCACUGUGCUACUAUCCUGAUCCCACUUUUGCUACAGGGUCUAACGGAUUCCUCCGAAUUUGUCAUUGCAAAGAGCAUAGACGCCAUGUCUUCCAUAACAGAGCUGGGACUGAUCGCGAAACCUGCAUUAUGUGAACUGAUAACUGAGUGUUCAUAUCUUCUAGUGCAUCCCAAUUUAUGGAUAAGACAUGCUCUUGUUGGUUUUAUUUCUUCAGCAGCAAAUGUGAUGUCAACAUUAGAUGUACAAGCUAAGAUGUUGCCAAAAUUGCGACCUUACAUGAAAUAUGAGUUAUGUGAACUGCAGGAUUAUGUACAAUUUAUGGAUUCUCUUGUCACUCCUAUUCCAAGAAAUGUGUACGAUAGUGUUAUUUGUCAUGAAGAAAUUGAUGCUAUUCUGGAUGUGAUGAAAGAAAGAAUGUCAGUUAGAAAUUAUGUGAAUACUGGGAGAGUCCCAAAUACUGGGUUACACAGAGAUUCUCAGACCAGUUUGAAAAGUUUGUUUCGAAGACUAGAAGCAAAUGGCAUGAAUGAGAGCAUGGAGAAUUAUUUUUUGAAAAUGGGGCAUCUUUUGAAAAAAACUAAUAAAUCGAGAAGGGCUCUUGACAGUAAGCAAAACAAGCAGUCAGAAGGAAAACUUGAACUCAGCCCAUUGAGCUGCAAUGUUAAAAGUUUGAUUAUAUAUCUUGAUGAACCACAAAAAGUAGAUUUCAUGCCGCAUAGAAAUCUGCACAGAACUAACACUUCUGGAUCAUUAGAAACCAACAUUAAUUCUGAGUGGAAUUAUAGUUCGGAAGUGUUGACACGACAUUCAGAAAGUACCAAUUCCGGAGGACCCCCUUCAAGAUCGACUUCUUACAUUACUCAUCCUCAUCAACACAAUUUAUUAACAUUAAUUUUCAUGGCAGUUAUUAUGACGAGAAAAUUCCUCAACUAUUUUGGAUUUAAAAAAAAUUUGUAUUUUAUAGAUCGCAAGUCGAACUGUUAUAAGGAACUCACAAUUUUGAAAAAACGACAGCAAGACCUCUACUAUGAAGUACUUAGAAACAAGGAAUGGGUCGAACAGGCAACAUGGCGGCCUCAGUUACCGCCACCAGGUUGGCGGUUAGGGGGCACCUUGGUAGGUCAUCUCCAUGACCACAAAGGACCUGUGAUUAAGCUAUGUGCACUCCCCGAUACCCCUCUUUUUUCAAGCUCCUCAUCAGAUGGUACAGUCAGGUUAUGGGAUUGUUCAAAAAUAGAGGGUAAAAACAUAGCUAACCGAGCAAGGCAACAUUACAAGUUAGCUGAUGGAGUAAGGAUUACAGGAACUACUGUAUGUGAUGGGGGACAAUCUUUAGGAGUAACCUACCACAACAGUGCAAUCAGUAUACUUAGAGUUGAUUCAAGUAGCAAUAAAAUGAGAUUAUUGCAGUCCUGGCAAGUGGAUGAUUUGGAUGGUUAUGCCGUGGAUGUUCAGUGCAUGGAAUCUGGGUCUCAAAGUAUUAUUGUUUAUUCAACCUUGUAUGGAGACUUGAUUGGUUGGGAUCUUCGUUCUAACGGCAGGGCUUUCAAGUUGGAAAAUGAAUUGAAACGAAGUGUACUCACUACUUUCUGCUUGGAUUCUCAACAGAACUGGUUAGUACUGGGAACUAAUACUGGCAACCAUAUUGCCUGGGACUUGAGGUUUCAGCUGCCUAUAAUGAACUUCGAUCAUCCAUCAGGUAAUGUGAAGAUCAGGAAAGUGUUAGCUCACCCGACAAAAAAUUCUUGGGUGCUGUCUAGCGUUCAUGGCAAUAAUGAAAUAUCCAUGUGGAACAUUGAAACUGGCUAUAGAGAACAGACGUUAUGGGGCAGUGUAUCGCCUCCAUUGGUUAAACAGGGUACAUCGAACACUGUAUGUGCUCUUCAUGGAGGUACCAUUGAUCGCUCAUCAUACCUGCUAUCUGGUGGAACAGACCAAAGACUGAGAUAUUGGAAUCUGGAUAAUCCUAGUGAAUCAUAUUUAGCCAUACCAGCUGCUACUGAUCCUCCAGGAAUAACUUUAGCCUACACAAGUCGAGUUAUUGAUGGCUCUCUGGUUACUUACGAAGAGAAUGGUCCAGUCAGAACUGAUAAUGGGGAAGAGGCUCCUAGGUCAGGCCCGGAACUUCCAAUUACUGGCCACAGAGAUUGCAUUUCUGAUAUAAUUAUGUGUAAAGCAUCAAAAUGCUUUUUGGUUACUUCAUCUAAUGAUGGAGUCAUUAAAGUUUGGAAAUGAAAUUCAAUUCUCAAAUGAUCAAAGACAUAAUAUAUGUGAUAGAUUAAAUUUGAACCUGUAUAAAGAUGGACAAGAUUCUGUAAAGAAGUAUCAAACUUCAACUUUCAUUUUCUGUUUAGCCAAUUCGUAUAAUCUUUUUUUUUAGUAAUCAAUGAUCUCUGCAGAGCUGUAAUGCUGUGUUGAAAAUUAUUUUGUUUUUGUCAUUUUCAGUACUGUACAGAGCAAAAAAAACUGCAAAAUAGAUCAGCUAAGUGAAACAGCACAUUUUUUAUUAAAUUUCAUACUCGCUGUUUCACUCCAAUUGAAUUUUAUUGUAGGACCCAUAUGGCAGUAGUCAAAUUAUUAUUUACUAAUU